GCUGGUGACGGAGGCGAGGAAUUCGCAGCAGCUUUGGACCAUCAGCGGCUUGGAUGGCACAAGCUUUCAGCUCCCCGUGGAUGAGACAGCGAAGGUGGACGACCUCUCCAAGACCAUCGCAGGAAGAAUCGGCAUGAGGGCUGGUGGAAAGCUUGUUCUUUUUGCAGGUGGCCAAAUCUUGGAGGACUCAUCCAAGCUUUUGCAGCAAGAAGCGUGCGGACGAGAGAUCUCAUAUGUCGUUCGACAGGUUUGCGCACUGGAGGCAGCGAUUGGGUUCCAAAGGGCCCUUGCAGAGGGAACAAGAGACCAUGCGCAUGCGACAGUGACGGGUGCAAUUGCCUCAAUUGCCUUCGACAACGGAUUCAAGCAGAGCUUGGAAGGUGUCACCUUCCCAAGCAGCCUGCAGGCUUUGACCUUCGGCUACAACUUCAAUCAGAGCUUGAAGGGUGUCAUUUUGCCAACUAGUCUGCAGACUUUGACUUUCGGCGGCAGCUUCAACCAGAGCUUGGAAGGUGUCACCUUGCCAAGCAGCCUGCAUACUUUGACCUUCGGCUGCAACUUCAAUCAGAGCUUGAAAGGUGUCAUUUUGCCAAGCAGUCUGCAGACUUUGACCUUUGACCAGAGUUUAGCAGGUGUCACCUUGCCAAGCAGCUUGCAGAAUUGGACCUUCGGCCAGAAAUUUCACCAGAGCUUGGAAGGUGUCAUCUUGCCAAGCAGCUUGCAGACUUUGACUUUCGGCUUUUGCUUCAACCGGAGCUUGGAAGGUGUCACCUUGCCAAGCAGCCUGCAGACUUUGACUUUUUUUCAUGAAUUUAUCCAGAGCUUGGAAGGGGUCACCUUUCCAAGCAGCCUGCAGACUUUGACCUUCGGCGACAUGUUUAACCAGAGUUUAGGAGGUGUCACCUUGCCCAGCAGCUUGCACACUUUGACUUUCGGCUGCCGGUUCAACCACAGCUUGGAAGGUAUCACCUUGCCAAGCAGCCUGCAGACUUUGACCUUCGGCCGGGAUUUUAACCAGAGCUUGGACGGGGUGACGUUGCCAAGCAGCCUGCAUACUUUGACCUUCGGUGACACCUUCAACCAGAGCUUGGAAGGUGUCACCUUGCCAAGCAACCUGCAUACUUUGACCUUCGGUGACAACUUCAACCAGAGCUUGGAAGGUGUCACCUUGCCAAGCAGUCUGCAUACUUUGACCUUUGACCAGAGUUUAGAAGGUGUCACCUUGCCAAGCAGCCUGCUAGCUUUGACCUUCGGCCAGAGCUUUAACCAGAGCUUGGAAGGUGUCAUCUUGCCAAGCAGCUUGCAGACUUUGACUUUCGGCUUUUCCUUCAACCAGAGCCUGGAAGGUGUCACUUUGCCAAGCAGCCUGCAGACUUUGACUUUCGGCUGGUGUUUCAACCAGAGCUUGAAAGGUGUUAUCUUACCAAGCAGCUUGCAGACUUUGACCUUUGGCUGGGAAUUCAACCAGAGCUUGAAAUGUGUGAUCUUGCCAAGCAGCCUGCAGACUUUGACCUUCGACUACACGUUCAACCAGAGCUUGGAAGGUGUCACCUUGCCAAGCAGCCUGCAAACUUUGACCUUCGGUGUGACCUUGCCAAGCAGCCUGCAGACUUUGACCUUUGGGCAAGGCUUUGACGUGAGUUUAGAAGGUGUCACCUUGCCAAGCAGCCUGCAAACUUUGACCUUCGGCGACGCGUUCAACCAAAGCUUAGAAGGUGUCACCUUGCCAGGCAGCCUGCAGACUUUGACCUUUGGUGACUUUUUCAACCAGAGCUUGGGAAGUGUGACCUUGCCAAGCAGCCUGCAGACUUUGACCUUCGGCAGCCGGUUCAACCAGAGCUUGGAAGGUGUGAUCUUGCCAAGCAACUUGCGUGAGCUUGGCUUGCCAGAGUUCAAUGUGUGCAUUCAUCACUGCGUCUUUUAAGUCAUGUGCCAGCCGCUUUCUGACAAACAGGUGCUCCAACGAAAGUCUUCAGGAUCUUCAGGG